AUGAAUUCGUGAAAAAAUAAAUCGGGGAAAAACCUAUGACUGUACCAACUUCCAGAAAAGACCUCAUGAUAGUCAAUAUGGGCCCUCACCAUCCAUCAAUGCAUGGCGUUCUCCGACUCAUCGUUACUUUAGACGGUGAAGAUGUUAUUGACUGUGAACCAAUAGUGGGUUAUUUACACAGAGGUAUGGAAAAAAUUGCGGAAAACCGAACAAUUAUACAAUAUUUGCCUUAUGUAACACGUUGGGAUUAUUUAGCUACUAUGUUCACAGAAGCAAUAACUGUAAAUGGACCCGAACAAUUGGGAAAUAUUCAAGUCCCUAAAAGGGCUAGCUAUAUCAGAGUAAUCAUGUUGGAAUUAAGUCGUAUAGCUUCUCAUUUGUUAUGGCUAGGCCCCUUUAUGGCAGAUAUUGGUGCGCAGACCCCCUUCUUCUAUAUUUUCAGAGAAAGAGAGUUGAUAUAUGAUUUAUUCGAAGCUGCCACCGGUAUGAGAAUGAUGCAUAAUUAUUUUCGUAUUGGAGGAGUAGCUGCCGAUCUACCUUAUGGGUGGAUAGAUAAAUGUUUAGAUUUUUGUGAUUAUUUUUUAAUAGGACUUACUGAAUACCAACAACUUAUUACGCGAAAUCCUAUUUUUUUAGAACGAGUUGAAAACAUAGGCAUUAUUAGUGGAGAAGAAGCAAUAAAUUGGGGUUUAUCAGGACCGAUGUUACGAGCUUCCGGAAUACAAUGGGAUCUUCGUAAAGUUGAUCAUUAUGAGUGUUACGACCAAUUUGAUUGGGAAGUUCAAUGGCAAAAAGAAGGAGACUCAUUAGCUCGUUAUUUAAUCCGAAUCAGUGAUAUAAAAUAUGAAAAAGUUGCAAAUUCAAUGGGCCUUUCUGGAUUCUCCCAUCUCUUCAAUUCGCCCAUAAACAAGUGA